CAGCCCAGGGUCUUUUAUGACGCAGGUCUGUCAGUAAGCCCAGUCUUUUCUCUGCUAGUGCUGUGCAGGGUUGGCUGGUUCAGUUACAACGUCAAAGUGGGCUUGUGCAAGUGUCGGUGUGUCUGUACUCGCAUUGGAGGGAGCAUGUUAUCUGAGGCCCACAGGGGAAGCCUCUCCAGAUUUCAGCCAGCUGCCCUGCUAUAAACUUUUCAGAGUGGAGGAAGAAGACUAUGGAGGGGGGAACACGCAAAUCUCCAUUCAAACUACUUUCGAAUAUCAACUCUUAGGCUUUCUUAAAGGAACGAGAAGAGGCCAGAGAGGGGUGGACCUUGCCCUCGAGGAUAACAAGCACCUUUCCAAGUGUUGUUCACGCUUAAUUUCCUCUCGGCUUGAGAGUAGGCGGCAUGUUGCACCAGAGGGGGGGUUCUCAAACAAACUAUCUGACCCUGGUGGUUAACUGAAAUCAGGCUCUGUGAGGCUUGCUGGAGGAGGGAGGGAACAGCAGUUAGCGUGAGGCCACCGUAGGGCUGCUGCACUGCUAACACACAGCAGCAGCAGGGAAAAAGGGAAGAGAUGGCUACAGGAGAAAUCACCACUCUACCCACCACACCUGAAGAUGGAGGCAGUGGCAGCUUCCCUCCAGGAAACUUUAAGGAGCCCAAGAGGCUGUACUGUAAAAACGGGGGCUACUUCUUGAGGAUAAACUCUAAUGGAAGCGUGGACGGGAUCCGAGAGAAGAACGACCCCCACAUCAAGCUUCAACUCCAGGCGACCUCAGUGGGGGAGGUAGUGAUCAAAGGGGUCUCAGCCAACCGUUAUCUGGCCAUGAAUGGAGAUGGAAGACUGUUUGGAACGAGACGGACAACAGAUGAAUGCUACUUCAUGGAGAGGUUGGAGAGUAACAACUACAACACCUACCGCUCUCGGAAGUACCCUGACAUGUAUGUGGCGCUGAAAAGGACUGGCCAGCACAAGUCAGGAUCCAAAACUGGACCGGGCCAAAAAGCCAUUCUCUUUCUCCCCAUGUCAGCCAGACGCUGAGCUGAGCUC